CGUCCUUUAGUUUCUCAGCUUGUCCUUGUACUUCAUCCGCGCAUACACUGUUUAUUUCAUCGACUGAUCUGUGCCGAACAAUGUCAUUUUGUUCGUUUUUCGAGAAGGAGUAUUACAAAGAUCAUUUUAAACCCGGUAUAUAUGUUUGCUCUCAGUGUGGGCAUCCACUCUUUUCAAGCAGAUCCAAAUAUGAGCAUUCCUCCCCAUGGCCUGCCUUCACAGAGACCGUCCGAGAGGACAGUGUAACAAAACACAUGGAGACCUUAACAGCCUACAAGGUUCUUUGUGGCAAGUGUGGCAACGGACUUGGCCAUGAGUUUGUGAAUGAUGGGCCGGAGGAGGGCUUAUCACGUUUUUGAAUAUUUAGUCACUCGCUAAAGUUUGUCCCAAAAGAUAAGGUUGAUAAACAAUAAGCGAGGUGAAUCCGCGCUGAUGAGGCUGCUGUUGCACGCACACUGGUUAUGGGAUGCUCAGCUCAUGAAGUGGACAAGGAAAAGCCCCAAGUGGAGAUCCUGUUCACAGAUCUAUUUUGACUGUCCUGGAUGCCAUAGACUAAAAUAGUUGCUCUAUUUUUGUACUAGUCUGCAUAAGCUGAUAUGAGCAUGUGCAAGAUGAAUGAAUGAAAUUGCUUGCUUAUUAAAAAACAGUCUGGAAUGUUGCUCAUUUAAAAUGGUAAUUGUGAACCUUCAGUAAUUUCCUAAAGCAAUUUACAGCACUGGUCACUAUCGUGAUGAUUAUAAUUAUUAUUUGGAACAAAACAAUAAUUUCAUCAUUAAAUUAGCAUGUUAUUAAUUUAGAUAUAUCAAUUCAACAAUUGUUUUUGUAAUUGUAAUUUUUUUUAAUUUGUAUCUGCCAUAAAGACAUAUUUUAACAUUCACGUUUCUGUCACACAUGAAGAUUUGUUUUCCACUAGUAAAGUAUGAAUCAAAUAAAUUGUUUACUUUAUUGUUAUUAUUUUAUCAAUUUUUUUUUUUACCAAAGAAUUUAAUGAGCCAAUGCUUUAGCAUUUUUGUGUGCUACGCAUACACACAUAUGCAAGAUGUUAAUAAUUGUUGAUGAACAAAGAAUGCCUGUAAUAUGCUACUUAUUUUAUUAAUGUUAUUAUAUUAUUAAUUUCAGUUUUGUUUAAUUAUAUUAUUAAUUGUAUUUUUGUUGUUGUUUUUUUGCUUUUUAGAAAUAAAUGUCUCCUAAUCGUGGGCAUUUCGGCACCUUU